GGGGAUCUCCCCCUCGUCAGAUUUCAAUUGCAUUAGAAGAAGCGCAGAAGGACUCAAAUCAUGGCGUCGAGAUAUGAUCGUGCGAUUACCGUGUUUUCCCCGGAUGGGCACUUGUUCCAGGUCGAAUAUGCCAUGGAAGCCGUGAAGCGCGGGGCUGUCGUUGUGGGUGUCCGCGGCGUGGACGUCGUCGUCCUGGCCGUGGAACGUAAGGAAACCGCCAAGCUCCAAGAUCCACGUACGGUGCGCAAGAUUUGCAAGGUGGACGACCACAUCACUUUGGCAUUUGCCGGUUUGACUGCCGAUGCCCGUGUGCUCGUGAACAAAGCGCGUUUGGAAUGCCAAAGUUACCGCUUGACCGUGGAAGACGCGCCGUCGGUCGAAUAUGUCGCGCGGUAUGUAGCCAAGGUGCAACAGCGCUACACACAGCGAGGCGGGGUGCGCCCGUUUGGUAUUUCCAUGCUCAUCGCAGGCUGCGACACCAAGGGCGUGCCGCAGCUGUACCAGACUGAUCCAUCGGGCACGUUCACGGCGUGGAAGGCAAACGCGACGGGACGCAACGAGAAAUCCACGCGGGAGUUCUUGGAAAAGAACUACGUGCAGGACAUGGACGAAGACGCGGCGGUGCGGUUGGCCGUGAAAGCCCUGUUGGAAGUCGUCGAAGCCGGCAGCAAGAAUAUUGAAGUGGCUGUCGUUCGCCGCGGUGGUAUCUCGUCGGCGGUGCCCGAUGCGACCGUCGAAUCCGUCUGCGCCUCGAUCGAGAAAGAGAAGGAAGAUGCCCGCGCCGGCGCCGAAGCCAAGGCGGCAGCGUCGUCCUCGUCAUAAAGCACCAUGAAGAAGAUUACAUCUACGGGAGAUGUCGUGUGCGUAGUAAAACAACACGAUUCCGACUUCCAUCCUGAUCGCCGCCGCGGAUGUGAAUUGUUGGAUUGAUUUUAAAUGUUUUGUUUACCGGAUACGAUAUUAUCCGGAUAUAGAUAAUCCAAUAAGCUUGAUGCAUGUCAUUAUAACAGA